AUGGUAGCUGUAGGUUUUUACUCACAUCUUUUUCUUCUUCUGUUCUUGCUGCUGGCAGUCACCCUGGGCCAUUGCUUGGGAUUGAAAUGCAAAGAACAUGAAUAUCCCUUCCAUGAAAAAUGCUGCAAGGACUGUGCCCCUGGUGAGAGGAUGAGACAACGCUGCACAGCCACAGCAGACACUGUCUGUGCCCCCUGCCAAGAUGAAUUCUUCAGCAGUGAGCACAGCCACGACUUCUGCAGAAGUUGUACAGUCUGCAACACAAGGAAGGGAAGUGUGGAAGUGAAGAAGUGUGAGAAGACCUCUGACAGGAUUUGCAUGUGCCGUGCAGGUUACAUGCCAGAGGCUGGGCGUACUCUGGGAAGUGCAUGUUCACCAUGUCCUGAGGGCUCUUAUUCCUUAGGGAGAAAUGAAAACUGCCAACCUUGGACUAACUGCAGCCUUCUUGGGAAAAGCACUCUUCAACUGGGGACAAAAACAAGUGAUGCUGUGUGCAGCAACCACACCACCCAGCGAGCUACCUCUCAGAGUGCACCUCCUGCUCUGAAUCUUUCCACCCCUGGUGGCAAGAAUAAUGUGACAACUGCAGUAUUCCCACUCUCCAGACCCAGUGCCAGCCCUUCCAUGUGCUUGGAUAAGAACAGCCCCACAGAAACUAACUGGGGACCUUUAUCACUUAUCCUUAUUUGUCUGAUACUGCUCAUGGUGAGUGGAAUGUCCAUCGUCCUGUUGAUUAUCCAAGCAGCCAAAAAAAAGACCAAAAGGAGGCCAUGUGGAAACAGCCAUCAGGGAGGGAGCGUGGGACUUCCUAUCCAGGAAGAACAAAUUGACUCCAAUUCUAGUCUCAUCAAAAACUGA